CAAGAGUUCGAGAGGCUUUCAGCCAGCAGCAUCGUUACUUCGAGCAAUCAAAUACCAAGAGAUGCCCCACGCCUCCCGGCGUCCCCCCAAUGAGUAGAGAAGGAGGCGGAGCGCAGCCCGGGAGCCUGAGUGGGUGGAGGGGGCUGUGGGAAGGGCCUGGGGAAGUUGGGGCAGCAGCCUACAAAGGAUGCGAAAUUUGAAAGGUCCUUUAGCGCUAGGAUUCUCCCUUCAGCCGGAGCUCUAGGACUGCUGAGACCCCACGACUCUGAAGCAGCAACAGUAGCAGGCUAGCAGCGCCGGGAUGGAAGGACUAGCAUGAGAAAGAAGCUUGGAUGGCAGUCGUACAUCAUAAGCGAAAACAGCUUUUGGAGCUGGGAGGAAAAAAGGGAACAACCACUUCUAUGCAGAUCUGAAAUUAUUGUUGUAAUUGCAUUUCAGACAAUCAGAAUCUCCUGGUCCACACUGACAAUAGAUUGCACAAAAAAUUGUACAAUAUGUGUUUGGAGCGGGCAGCACAACAUCUGUGUCAUGACUAACAUCUAGAUUUUAAAAAGAUUGGUAAUGGAAAGAUGGCAGCCUUCAAAAGGAGGCAGAUCUGUCAAUAAGGUUCUUCAGUAUUAUCUCACUUACUGUGAUGUCGGAAAUUAAUGCCAACUUGACAUUCAACCUGAGCGCAUCUACAGAUGAGCCAAGAACUGGCCUCUCUAGAAUGGGGCACACAAUUGUGGCAGUUUUUCUUGGACUCAUAUUAAUUUUUGGUUUCUUCAAUAACUUGAUUGUCCUCAUCCUCUUCUGCAAGUUUAAAACCCUGCGCAACCCUGUGAACAUGCUGCUGUUGAACAUUAGUGCAAGUGACAUGCUGGUCUGCAUUUCUGGAACCACCUUCAGCUUUGCAUCUAGCAUCUAUGGCAAAUGGAUUGGAGGGGAACAUGGCUGCAGAUGGUAUGGCUUUGUCAAUUCUUGUUUUGGCAUUGUUUCCCUGAUCUCGCUGGCUAUCCUGUCUUACGAACGUUACAGCACACUCACCCUCACCAGCAAACGUGGCUCUGACUACCAGAAGGCCCUGCUAGGAGUUGGUGGCUCCUGGCUCUAUUCUUUGAUUUGGACAGUACCGCCUCUCAUUGGCUGGAGCAGCUAUGGGAUUGAGGGGGCAGGUACCAGCUGUUCAGUCCGAUGGACCUCUGAAUCACCAGAAUCAGUUUCCUAUAUCAUUUGUCUCUUCAUAUUCUGCUUGGCCAUCCCAGUAAUGGUUAUGAUAUACUGCUAUGCACGCCUCUUUUAUGCUGUCAAACAAGUGGGAAAAAUCCGGAAGACCUCUGCCCGUAAACGGGAAUUCCAUGUACUGUCCAUGGUGAUCACGACCAUCAUCUGCUACCUGAUCUGCUGGAUGCCUUAUGGAGUCAUCGCUCUGCUUGCAGCCUUCGGCAGGCCAGGCUUGGUGUCUCCAGUAGCCAGUGUCAUCCCCUCUAUCCUGGCAAAGAGCAGCACGGUAUGCAAUCCAAUCAUCUACAUUCUUAUGAACAAGCAGUUCUACAAGUGCUUUCUCAUACUUUUCCACUGUCAGCCUUCUUCAGCUGCUGAUGGAGAAACCAUAUGCCAGUCAAAGGUCACAGUCAUCAAGCUAAACCAGAAAGCAGAAGGUGGAGUUGCAUGUAAUAGCCAAGGACUUCCACAGACAGAUGAGAAAAUGAUCUUUCUUCUGAGUCGAGAGUCCAGUAUGGAGCCAGCUUCAGAAAUCACACCACAAAUGUCCAAGGAAAAUUCACUCUUGUGAAUAAGCACAAGCUGUCUCCAAUAUAUCACAUGUUAUUAUCUAUUUGUUUUAUUUCCCCUUAAGGAAUUU